AUCGUCCCAAAAAUCCUAAAACCCUAACCCCUGUUCUCCCAAACUCCCAGAGAGGGAUAGUCACCAAGACAGCUCCCUUUCCUCCAGUUUCCAGCGAAUUUCAACCAUGGGGAAGAAAUCAAAUCCUACAAAGAACGACAAUGCGAAGAAGCGGAAGAAGAAGAACAAGUCCGGGCCAAAGGCCAUAGGCAUGAAACUCAAAGCUCCCGCUCCCAAUCCUUUCGAAGCCAUCUGGUCUCGCCGGAAAUUUGACAUCCUCGGCAAGAAACGCAAAGGAGAAGAACGCCGUAUCGGCCUCGCCCGCUCUCUCGCCAUAGAAAAGAGGAAGAAUACGCUGCUGAAGGAGUAUGAGCAAAGUGCGAAGUCUUCAGUGUUUGUUGACAAGAGAAUUGGGGAGCAGAAUGAAGAGCUUGGGGAGUUCGAUAAAGCUAUUCUCAGGUCUCAGCGCGAACGAAGGUUGAAAUUGAAGAAAAAAAGCAAGUAUAACUUGUCGGAUGGGGAAGAAGAGGAAUUAGAUGUUGGAUUCUCAGGAGGAAGGGAUGAUUUCGAGGAUGAAGUACCAUUCGAUGAGGAUGAAGAUGAUGGACUCAAUGAUGGUGACAAGAGGUCAGCUAUCUUGGAACAACUUGAUUCUCAUGGAUCACAGGUUAUGCAACGUGGUCUGGUGGAAGGACAGGAAGAUAGGCAAAAAUCCAAGAAAGAAGUGAUGGAAGAAAUCAUUUUGAAGAGUAAAUUCUUCAAGGCUCAAAAAGCGAAGGAUAAAGAAGAAAAUGAGGAGUUUGUUGAACAAUUGGACAAAGAUUUCACAUCCAUGGUGCAUUCCAAAGCAUUGGUGUCACUUACACAACCAGACAAGAUUAGUGCUCUAAAAGCUCUUGUUAACAAGAGCAUUCCAAAUGACAAUGAAAAGAAAAGUAAAGCGGCUGAAUCUUGGAGAAAAGAUUCUUUGCAAAAGGAAACACCUGAUAGUUAUGACAAGCUUCUUAGUGAGAUGGCACUGGAUGUUCGUGCUCGAGCAUCAGAAUUAGCAAAGACACCUGAAGAAAUUGCGCAAGAAGAGAAAGAGCGCCUGGAAAGAUUGGAGGAGGAACGAAAGAAGAGGAUGAUUGCCGCUGAUGACUCCAGUGAUGAAGAUGACAAUGCACAUGAUGAUAAUGAUGCAUCUGCUAAAAAACCCAUAUCUGGGGAUGAUCUUGGUGACUCCUUCAAUGAUGAAAAGCCCAAAACUAAAUUGGGGUGGAUUGAUGAAAUCUUGAGAAGGGAAAAUGAGGAUAAUUCUGAAAAUGAAGACGAAUCUUCUGAUAAUGAUUCAGAGAGUGAUGAAGAUGAUCCUGAGGAAGAAGGAAUUGAUGAUGAUGAUGAUGAUGAUGAACAUGGAAAAUCUCAGACUGUAAAAGACUGGGAACAGAGUGAUGAUGAGAAUGUUGGCACCGAUUUAGAGGACAGUGAAGAUGAUUUUGGUGAGGGUGUAAUCAAAGAGUCAAAGGUUGAAAAAAAUUCUAACUUGAUAGAAGCAGAGAGGAAGGAAAAAGAUAAAAUAGAUACUGAAAAAUCUCAAUCGCCUUCGAAGCAGCAUUCAGCUCAACAAUUUGAACUUCCUUAUACUAUUGAAGCACCAAAGAGCUUUGAAGAAUUUACUUCAUUGUUAGAGAAAUGUUCCGAUGAGCAAAUAAUUGAAGCAAUUAGUAGAAUUCGUGCAUUCAAUGCUAUCAAGGUUGCUGCUGAAAAUCGAAAGAAAAUGCAAGUAUUCUAUGGGAUAUUAUUACAAUAUUUUGCGGUGUUGGCAAAUAAAGUUCCAUUAAAUUUGAAGUUUUUGAAUUCGCUUGUAAGGCCAUUGAUGGAGAUGAGUGCGGAGAUCCCCUAUUUUGCAGCCAUAUGUGCUCGCCAACGUUUACAUAGAACUAGGGUGCUGCUCUGCGAAGAUCUUAAAAAUGAAGGGAAAAACUGUUGGCCUUCUAUGAAAACACUCUUUCUUUUGAGGCUUUGGUCUCUGAUGUUUCCAUGCUCUGAUUUCCGCCAUGUUGUUAUGACUCCGGCUAUACUAUUAAUGUCGGAGUAUUUAACGCGGUGUCCUAUCACACGUGCCCGAGACGUUGCAGUUGGAUCUUUCUUAUGUUCUAUGAUGCUGUCUGUUGUUAAACAUUCUCUCAAGUAUUGUCCUGAGGCUAUAAUAUUCAUUCAAACAUUGCUGCUAGCAGCAUUAGACAAGAAACAAAGGCAUUCUAAUACCUCUCAGUUGAAUAGUCUUUUAGAGAUUAAAGGAGUAAGGCCUCUUCUUCAUAUACGAAGUAGGCAUACAGAGACUAAGGCUUUGAAUUUUGUUAUGCUGAUGGAGUUAACGGCUGAUUCCCCUUACUAUAACUCUGAUGAAUUCAGGGCUAGCAUCCUUUUAGCAAUCAUGGAGACCAUUCAAGGAUUCAUUAAUAUUUAUGAAGGAUUUAAUUCCUUUCCUGAAAUAUUCAUGCCAAUCUUAAAGCUUUUGAAUGAACUGGCAGCACAGAAUCAUAUGCCAGACAUAUUACAGGAGAAAAUCAAGAAUGUUAUCCAACUAAUUGAAAACAAAGUUGAGGAAAAUCACAGGCUGCGUCAACCUCUAAGAAUGAGGAAGCAAAAGCCUGUGCCUAUCAAGAUGGUUAAUCCCAAAUUUGAAGACAACUUUAUUAAGGGUAGAGAUUAUGACCCAGAUCGUGAACGGGCUGAGAUAAGGAAGUUAAAGAAACGCGUAAAACAGGAAGCGAAAGGAGCUGCUCGUGAAAUUCGUAAAGAUAAUCAUUUCUUGUUUGGGGUGAAGGAGAAGGAGAAAGCAGCUCUAGCAGAAGAAAGGUCUGAAAAGUAUGGGAAAGCGCUUGCUUUUCUUCAAGAACAAGAGCACGCAUUUAAAUCUGGGCAAUUGGGAGGAAACAGGAAGAGAAGAAGAUGAAGAAAUUCAACUCACAGUUUCAUUCUGGCCUGGAUUACUUGAAAAUUCUGGUGAGUAUAUCUGCACUUUAUUAUACUCCUUGCUGAUACCAUACGGAGAAGAUAACACUGAUUCCAUGCUUUAAUUUGCCCUUUCACAAUCCAUUCAUGUGAGAGGUAUGAAGUUCAACUAGCUUAACUGUACUAGUGCAGCUGAAUCUGUAUGUGUUGCACUUUUUAUUUGUAGUAGUAGUGUAUUAGUUAUCAAGAAAUCAAGAAUCAAGAACACCAUAUAUACAAGAGUGGAGUUGAGGGAAAGUAUAAAAAUUCAUGUAAAGUGUUUGAAUGUUUGGGCCACAAAAUCAAUAUUACAAUCCUUUACUUCAUCA